GACCGCAAGUGGGGGCAUUUUGUCCGAAUUCACUUACGCGUUUUUAACCGCUCCUUAAAGUGGACUAUAUUAGUGAACUAAUGUAGGGAAUAGUGAAUGGAAGUAUAGGGAGCGAUAUCGGACACAGCCCUAGUUACUUUAACGUUGACCGUCAUACUUUUAUCUAACUUCCGGAUCCACUUCCGCCUGUUCACUGUGAGCAGAGAGUGUGAAAAUGGAAGGAGAUGAAGCUCCUCUGAACAUCCUAGCGGAAAGUAAAGCAGGUUAUAUCUUGAGUAAUGUUGCGGAAGUCGUGGAGAGGAUUUUAACAUUUGUGCCCACUAAAACUCUCCUCAAGAUAGCAAGUGUUUGCAGGCUAUGGAGGAACUGUGCCCGUCGGGUGUUAAAGACACAGCAGAGACUGACCUGGCUUUCAGCCUCUGGCUCGUCCAAAUACGAAGAACAUGUUUUGCUUGGAGGAUUGGCAGAAGACUUGGAGAAUAUCUAUCUGCUGCCUCAGACAGCUCUCUUAAUGGUGGAUGGGGAAACCUUUAAUGGCCCUGUUAGUUACAGACACAAAAAGGCCAGGAAGUGUGAGGAUGAGGUGCUGUCAGAUCCGGUCAAAAAGCUGAGACACUUGUUGCCUAGCAGUUGUGAUGUACUAGGCAUGGUUGCACCAGGAAUUGUGGUGACCCCUAGUGGUUCACCUAGCAGCCAGCCACAGGAGCAUGAGGACGGUGAAGCUGGCUUCAGUCUGCUGUUCCCUGCAAUGGAUGGGGUCAGUAUUCGGCCUUUUCAUUUCUGCAAAAAGAGCAUUAGCGAAACGGCUAUAGAGGAAGCAGGGUUGAUUAAUAACCCUAAUCUAAAGGUGGUGCUCUUGUUUGACUACGAAACCUAUAAACCUGGAGGUGGCCGCUUUCUUAACAAGCUGCUGAAACCGCUUUCCCAAAGUAAUGUACUUAUUGUUGGAGGACAAGUGGAGAGAGUCUUUACCAAUGAUGUAACAUGCUGUUCUCCUGGUUCUUUUGGAGCAGUGGGACUGACCUUCAGUGGCUCCAAAAUCCAGGGUGCCUCAGUACUGUUGGAGCAGGAUGUGAGCAGCCCCAAAGCAGCCGAGGACACUAUCCAGCGCCUGAAAGCUGCCAAUAUCCCAGAGAGAAACACCAUGGGCUUUAUGUUUGCCUGCGUUGGGCGGGGCCACAACACUUAUAAUAACCAGCGUAACGUUGAGGCCAAUGCCUUCCGCAAGAUCUUCCCUAACGUUCCACUCUUAGGAUUCUUCGGGAACGGAGAGAUCGGCUGUGACCGUAUCAUCAAAGAUAACUAUACGUUGAGUGAGACUGAUGCCGAAGGACUACAGCACUCUUUUACUACAGUCAUGAGCCUGGUGCAUUUUGGUUGAUGUGGACAGACUGUGAUGCACUGUGAGAGACCAGACACAUCAUAGUUACCAUUUCACGUCAGACUUGAUGGUGAUCAGGUCUAAUUCUAAGGUUCUUUACCUUGACUAACAAUAUGCCACUGGGACAUUUUGCCUUUUUGUUUCACAAGGCUCUGUUGUGAAAGAAAAGUGGCUGAUGUGUUCAUGGAAAAUGUCAUAUCAGUUUUAGCAUAAAAAACAAUAGAAGAGCUUUGAAACAAAAUCAUCUUGGUAGGUGUAAUUUUGAACACUCGUUUUAAUGUCUGAAAACCCAGAAGUAUUGUUUUACACCUUGUUUGUGUAGAGUAGAAAGAAUAUAUAUAAAUAGUGGACAUGGCGCUAACCAUUGAUAUUUGACUUAACUUUUGUAUGUAACUAAGACUAUUGUAAAACAGAACGUAUACCUGUAAAUCGAGGAGUUCUUUUGGGCUGUGUGGCUCGCUUAGGCCAUGCAAACAAAUAGUUUGUAAAACAACAGGCACUUUUGUUAUAAAAAGCUAACUAUUGGUAUCUUCGUACUGAUAGGCAACUGCUAUCUACACUUCUGGUCCUUCAUUGCUGGUAGAUGCUGGUGCCAAAAUAUGCAUCCCCAUAUCAAUUUCAGAUCCAUUGCUUUGAUUGAGAUGUAUUAGUUAGUUGCUGUCCUGUAAAAUUAUGUCUGAGCUAUACAAUCUGUCCAAAAACAUUGCUGCCACUGUGUUAAAUACAGCAUAGAACUUAAUGAAUACUUUUCAUCAAUUAUAAAUCCCAAAUGUUUUUUUGUUGUUGUUCCUAGCAGGAAUUUCUCUUCAUGUCUGUGUUGUUCAUCGAUGUAACAGUAGUUUUAUUAAAGCAUUUUGUUUAUUUUCGAUGACAAAUGUCAAAGGGCAAUAUGCCCUCUUCAAAUUUUCUUUUGCCUUUGCUGUUAGGGUAAUAAGCUUUAAAGUAAGUUUUACUGCUGUCAUAUGGCAAUUUGCUACUCAGUAUUGAGUAAUUUGGUUUCAGCUUGUUUGCAUUUAUUUGAUGUCAUUCAUGAAUCACUUGUACAUAAUAAAAUCAAAAGACAGCA